GAGUUCACAACAAAUACAUAGAUCGAAUGAUUCCACACAACUAACAUUCCUCGAAGAAGUAGAAACGAAGCAUCGUCACCCAUUCUCAAGCCAUGGAUAUCGACCUAAGAUAAAACACCCCGAAGAUCACAAAGAACACAGCACGACACACGAGAACAAAAUGCUUCCUCCUGGCCUCGAAACACCUCGUCAGGUCAAAGCAUAUUACAACACUGUCUACAAUGAUCUUAUUUCCUCUGGCGCAUUUCAGCCUUUCCUAUACCCUCAAGCCACGUUCGGCUUCGCCAUGAUCCUCAUCUACCUUCUCAUCGACCACAGACGACGACCUUUGCUUCAAAAAGUCCGGCUUCCGCUAUUUGGACUUUUAGUGGCGUUUUCGAUAUGGAAUAUCCUUAAUGUGAGAGCCAGGAGUGCUCCAGCGGCCUAUGGAGUUGGACUUAUCUCGUCUUGGGGUACGAUGUGGACUGCGGCGGUGAUGGCGUGGAAUGAUUGUCAGACGGAUUUUCGGAGGCUGGAGAGGGCUGAUGAGGGAGCGUUGAAGAAGGUGAGGGAGGAUGGUGAUGUUGAUGGAAGGGCGAAUGGGAGUGCGAAUGACAAAGGAGAGAAGGAGAGGAGGGUGGCGAUGUUGGAAUUGUCGGAGAAACGAGCCACGGAAGGACCUGCCAAACGAACCGGACCUAUUUUCUGGCAACCGUAUCCUGAGCGGCCAUUUCUCGAAAGACUGGACUGGGUCGCGGAUGUGUUUUGUUCUUUCCGCGGAGUGGGCUGGUCAUUUGAGACGAGCGGGAUACCGAAACUGCCAAAACAUAUCGAACUUGAGUUGGAGGGCUACGAAAACAGUAGUGGCGAUAUUCACAAGGCCCACAAGACCGAUGUAUCGUCUCCUCCAACGACGAGCUACACCGGCCUCAUCCGCUUCUCUUCUCGCCAGGCCCUCUUACGCUUCUUUCUUCCCCGUUUAUUCCUGGGCGCCGCCACUCUCGAUGUCGUCAAAACGCUCAUGCAUCACGAUCCCUAUUUCUGGGGCUACACGUAUACCACUACGUCUCCGCCCUGGCUCUUUGGCAUCAACUCACCAACCCUCCUCCGCUCCGCGCGUCUCCUCCUCUCCUUCGUUGGAAUCAGCGUCGCCCUCAACACGAUCUUCCUCCUCGGACCACUCUUCUUCGUCUUCGUCCUCUCAUCCAAACGCAUCGGUCUUCGAGGAGCUCCCUUCCUCAAUCCACCUACGUUCUUCGGCUCGAUUGACCUCGUUCUCAACAAAGGCCUCGCGGGCUUCUGGUCGAGCUACUGGCAUCAGACUUUCCGCUACGCCUUUCAAGCUCCUGCCACUCGCCUGUUAUCGUUUCUCAACGUCGAGCCUCGAUCCCAAAAGGGAAGACUGAUAGGUCUCUGGCUUGCAUUUGCUCUCUCAGGCCUCCUUCACGCGAGCGGCAGUACUACCCAGCUCGGCGAUACACGGCCCCUCCGUGGACCUUUCGCUUUCUUCCUCUCGCAAGCUCUCGGGAUUACGCUACAGACUUUCUUCACCCAGAAAGCUCAACAACCUCUGCUAUCACGCCAGUUUGGAAAUCUUUUGUUUGUCAUCGUCUGGAUGUACUUCACUGCUCCGCUCCUCGUGGACGAUUUCGCCAAAGGUGGGGUAUGGUUGUACGAGCCACUGAUUAUCAGUCCUUUGCGACUAUUGGGUUGGGGGCAAGCAGAUGAUCGGCAAGAUUGGAUUUUGUGGAAAGAUUUGGUUAGGUGGCGCACGGGCAGCAGUUGGUGGGAUACAGGACUUGCAUUCUGA